AUGGGUCGACGUCGAGACAAAGGUUUGGCAGUGGCUGGUAAACGAAGACAAGUACUGCAAAUAGGAAGCCUUAGCAAAGAGAGAGAUGCAGGUAUUGGUCUGUUAGGUGCUUAUGCUGACAGUGGUAGUGACAGUGAUGAUGGGGAUGAUAAUAAUGAUGAUAACCCGACUACUCAGCAUACACUAGUAGCAUCUACUUCUACAAUACAGAACCAAUCUCAAGUGUCAUCAUCCUCUACAUCUGCUCCUCAAACUAAGAAACCUGAUUUAGAUGUGAAAGUAGCUGAUUUUCUAGCAGAAAUUGAUGCACUAGAAACUCCUCAGGAUAGUGGUGAAGAGGAUUACAAAGAAGUUAGCAAUAAUUCACAACCAGACAAUGUUGCUGUUGAUUCUACUACCACGAAUGGCAUCACUGAUCCAGUAGUUGGGGAAUGGCAAGAGGUAUGCGAUGCUAACACGAAUUGCGUAUAUUACUGGAACACUGUCACUAAUGAAGUUACAUGGGAAACUCCUGAAAAUUACAAAUCCAAUGUAUCAAGCCAGCAAAUUGGAGAAGAACCAAAACCAGAGCCGGAGCCGGAACCAGCUUAUAUUGGUCCACAAUUACCUAUUAUUGGACCAAUUAUGCCUGAAGAAAAGGAAGAAAGCUCUGAUAGUUUCAUGUAUGGACCCAGUAUAGUGCCGUCCAGCACCGCCAUAGAGGAUGACUCGCAAGACACAUAUGAACCUUUGCCACCAGGCGUUGAUGACAUUUCCCUCAACACAGGGUCAAAUUUGCAAACAUAUUCUUCACCACCACCAUCACCGGAUUAUGACAUUGAUUUACCUGUUUUUGGUAAAACUAAACUGGAGGAGAAGCCUGAAAACUUACCUAUUUUUGGUCCAAUUCCACCAUUCAGUGUUGAAAAAGAACCAAUAGAACCUGUUAGCGUAGUUAGCGUUGAUGAUCUACUGAGUAAAAGAGCCAAAUUCAAACUACAAAUGCAAAAGUUUAUAAGAGGAGAAAAUUUACCUGCCUCUGGAAACGAACCAGACAAUGUAUCGAGUGCGUCUGUUGCAGUCACUGCUCCUACUGUUGUUAGCAGUAGUGAAAUAUCACAAAAAACUAUUGUGACAAGCUCAAGCUCUGUACCACUAAGUGAUAAUGCUGACAUUGCACCUGAUGAUGAAGAAUUUGACAUAGAUCAGCAGUUGGACUUGGCUUUUGAAAGGAAAAUUGGUGAAGUACCCGAUGCAGUGUGUCACCAGAGGAAAAUAGGAUUAGCAACCUCUACAACAGUAGCAGUAGCAAAACCACAUAGUUCUGGUGAUGACAAUAAUGAUUCAGAUGUGCCUACAGUACCAUUUAAACGUCAGAAAAUAGCCAAGCUGUUGCAGAAUGCGAAGAAAGAUAUUGGUACACAGUGCGAUACAACUGAGUUAGAAAAGUUAGCUGAAGAAGAGGAAAAACUUAGAAACAAACAGAAAAACAAGGAAGAAGCAGAGUUAAAGGCUGAGAUAGCAGAAUUUUCAUCGUUAAUCACUGGUAAAUUGGAAUUCCUGGAUAUAAAGAAGAGUAUGAUGACAAAGUUUCAAAUAAUGUUAUUAGAAGUAGAGACUCGGAUAUUAGACUGGCGAGAAGGCGCGCUGGACACUAAAUAUUUAAUUCGUAAAUUACAAGACGCUGAUUGGGAAUUACAACAGUAUGAACUGAGUUCUCAACCACGUGGGUGGUCUUGUCAUUGGGACAGGAUACACAAGCAGUAUUAUUACACCAACAAUUCAACAGGAGAGAGUCAGUGGGAAUUUCCAACUGAGGUUCUAGAGAAAGAAAAAGAAAAGGGUGAAAGCACAUCCCUAGUCCCAGAAUAUCAUGAAGAUAAUGAAAAAGGAAUGCAGAAUGCUAUGGCUGCAAGUGCAGCUAGUACCACAUUGUUUACACCUAUAGAACCCACAAUACCUACAUCAGUGAUGCUUCCUUUACCAGUAUCACCAUCAGGUGAUAGUUCAAGUCCGUUGCCACCAUUACCACCGGUUUUAGAACCUCCGCCACCACCUCCCCCACCUGAAACACCACCUCCACUUCCAGAUUCCCCUGAAGACGGUGAAAUUCUGGAUGUUGAUAUGGAUAUAUGUGAUGCUAAUGUUGAUGUGUCAACCCCACCAUUACCUCCAUCAUCAUCGCCGCCACCACCACCUCCUCCGAUGGAUUCACCCCCUCCACCACCACCAGGGCUUUCACCACCACGGCAUGAUAUUAUUGCCCAAGUUCUUCCGGUGGCUAGACCAGCAGUUCAAGUACCCCCUGCGCCUAUUAUGGAUCCAGUAGAAACAGCUACUGUUAUUGGACAGCCACAGAUGUUAUAUACGGGUAUUGAGAGUACAAUUGCAGCUGGGACAGUAGCCAGCAGUAAACCUGUUAUGAUUAUCAGUGAUCCAGUGAUAGCAUCAACAGUACCAAUGGUACCUAAACAACCAACCACAAAUGCUCCUACUGCUAAAGUGAAAAAAGUGAAACGGAUGAAAAAGAGUGCAAUAAAAAAGAAAAAAGAACUUCCAGCGCUUGUACAAAAGUGGCAACAAAUAAAACAAGAAGUUGAAAAAGAGGAGGAACAAAGUUCGUCAUCAGAAGAAGAUAAAACUGUAGUAGCACAACGACAGAUAGCAGAGUGGAAAAAAUCUCAGAUUCAAAGUGGAACUGCAAAUUAUAAUCCCAACUUUCAACAAAUUCAAGGCAACUGGAGAGAGAGACUCAAACGAAAGAAACCAUCUGAAAACACAUAAUGUUAUUUUUGUACUAUUUUUGAACAAAUUUCCAUUUUAUACGUCAUUUUACAAAAUAUCUCAUAACUUGUCUAUGAAGAUCAUUGUUUUUGUUUAUCAAUAACUAUUUAGUGAGGAGUAGCAUACCAUACCAUAUAGAAUAAAUUCUUUAUAGCUUUUUACACCAAGCUGCCAAGCAUGUCUUGUAGUAUUUACACACAUUAAAACUAGUUGCUGGAUUUUUUAAAGGU